GCUUCACAUGGUUCAACAAAGUCCGACUGCUGUCCAUUCAGAAUGUCAACUUCAAAUCUGUGCCUUGCGAUGCCUGGCUUAAUAUGGAAGGCAUGGAGGUUUUGGACAUCUCAAACAACCGCCUGCAGGACAACAUCCUCUUCAACCAGAGAUGCGACGACAGGGGCACCAUGCCGGCUCUUCGUUCCUUCAAUGUCAGCACCAACCAACUGACCAGCCUUCAGGACUUAGCCUCCCUGACCAGGGAGUUCAAACAGUUGAAGGUCCUGGAUGUCAGCCACAACAUGUUGAGUUCUGCUGAGAAGAGUCACAACUGUAACUGGAUGCAGAACAUCACCCAGGUGAUCGCUCACCACAACCGAUUCGAAAGUGGUGCCCUCCAGUGUCUGCCCACCACAGUACAAUUCCUGGACCUCUCGUACUGUGACCUGGACCAGCUGGACAUGGCCUACUUCCAACAAACCAUCAGCCUCAAGGAGCUCCUGCUCAAUGGGAACAAGAUCAAGUUCAUACCCUCUGGGUGGAGAAGUCGCUCCUUGCAGUCACUGGCUCUGGAUGGGAACUCCUUUGGGCUCAUCAGCAUGGGCUCCUUCCAGGACAUGCCACAGCUUUCCCGACUGACAGCAGGGAACAACCCAUUCCACUGCACAUGCGUCCUCCACGCCUUCAUCCAGGACACAAUUUCCAAGGGGAAGGUCAACAUCACUGACUGGCCAGAGAACUACAAGUGUUACCAUCCAGAGGCCCUGCUCAAUACCGCUGUGGCAAAUUUCUUCCCGGGUCACGUGGCCUGCGAUAUCAGAUUGGUCAUCAUCAUCUGUGUGGCUACUACAGCUGCUGUGGUUUUAGUGUUGAUGCUUAUAUGCUACAUAUUCAAUGUUCCCUGGUACAUCAAAGCCACAUAUCAGAUCCUCAGAGCCAAAUACAGGGCUCAUCAGGAAGGAACAUCUGGAACAUCACAAAUCUAUGCUUACCAUGCAUUCAUCUCCUAUAGCCACCCAGAUGCAGACUGGGUCAGGGACCAGUUGUUGCCCUGCUUGGAGAACAACAAGCCUCCCUACCGACUCUGUAUCCAUGAGAGAGACUUCAUGCCAGGAAAAUGGAUAAUCGACAACAUCAUUGAAAAUAUAGAGAGCAGCGAAAAGGUCAUAUUUGUGUUAUCACACCACUUUGUGAACAGCGAUUGGUGCAACUACGAGCUCUACUUUGCCCAGCAAAGAGCCAUCGGCAAGACCUUCAGCGAUGUUAUUCUGGUGGUUAAAGAACCCAUCGACCCUGAAUCUCUGCCCAGCAAGUAUUGUAAGCUCAAGAAGAUGCUGAACACCAAAACAUACCUAGAGUGGCCCCAGCAAGCCAAGCAGCAGACCUUCUUCUGGGCUCAACUUAGGAGCUGCCUGGGCAAGCCCACAGUGACUAGAGAGCAGGCUCUUAGUGGUAGGAGCAGCAGUGUAUCCUCAGUUGGCGCUGUGCCUGUGAUAGAGAUUGCCGAAUUUAGAGAAGCAGAGCUCCACAAAGUAGUUCCUCAGGAGAUCAAAAAUCUUUCAGUGAGAAGUGCAGAGUUUUGUGGGCAAAGACUGAUCCCUGUAGCCGUGGCAUGAGACAAAAUAAGCCAAGCAUGUAGCUUGUAAUGUGCAAAGUGUCCCAAGACCAAUCUCUCUCUGAAGUGCUGAGCUUGAGUGACUUCUUGGCCAUGCUGUUGCAGAUAAUGUGUUUUCCAAGCUGCUUGUAGCAUUAGCAAGUGUUUCAUAAUGAUGAGUGAAUAACACAAUCCGUCUGCCACCCACCCUUCUGACAUGUACAGU